UGAGGCAGGUUGCAGCCCAGACAUGGGGAAUUAUAGUGGAAUGAAUAUUUUUCUUUUUCUCUCAACAGUAGCAUGCCUCGUUUCCGGGCAAAAUCUGGGGACCAGGGUGACCCCGAUCGGAACCUCCAACGGACCAUCCCACGUUAAGCAAUUCUUUGCUCAAAACACGCCAAUGAAUUGGCCAUCUGCAAUGAAGUUCUGUAAAAGCUAUGGGCUACAACUUGCCUCGGUGGAAAGUGCAUCUGACCAACUGGUGAUCACCAACUGGGCCAAGGAUGUUGUCCGAGCGAACGAAUGGGGGUCCUUUUGGCUGUCUGGGAAUAAACUUGGCGAUGGAAGGCUAUGGCGUUGGCUGGAGGAUGGGAAGCUUGUUCCCAAACCUGGACAAACCUUCACUGGACCGCAUUUUUGGAUAAAUGGGGAACCAAUCACAGUGGAAAAUACUGCAAGUUGCCUCCAUUUUGAUCUUGCCAAGGGUGGCUGGAGUCAACAAUAUUGCGAAACUGUGACCGUGCGACCUCUCUGCAUGAACAAGGUGGCGGCGUCGAGUCCAGGUUCAGGUGCCAACAAUACUAUCGUGCCAACAACCAGGCCAGACCCUCCACCCUCCACUACCCAACCACAACCUAGCUGUUCGUGCGGAACGCCUUCCAUCAGACAUACAAAGAUCAUCGGUGGAUCCAACGCAGCCCUGGGCGAAAUCCCGUGGCGUUGCAAUCUCUACAUAAAACGAUGGGGGGAUUUGGGUGUUUUCUGCACUUGUACUAUCAUUUCUGCCAAUUGGAUCAUGACAGCCGCCCAUUGCACUGAUAUCGUCACACCGACUGACAUCCUGCUCGUUGAUGUAGGUGAUCUUGACCUGGGAACAACCUCUGAAGCGGCAAGUUAUCGGGUGCAAGCUGAUCGUUGGAUAAGUCACCCACGUUGGGACAGCCGCGCUAGAGCAAAUGAUAUUGCGUUGGUCCAUCUCAAGAAUAAGAUCGCAUUCAGUCCAACCGUCCAACCGGCCUGUCUACCAUUUUCGUUACAAGGGGAAAAUCUUGAUUUUCUCAGGGCAAAGAUAUCUGGCUGGGGUACAACGGUUUCCGGAGGCCUAUCAGCCUCUCUAAGACUGAAUAAGGCGGACGUGACUAUUUUACCGGAGGAAAUUUGUCGACCCAUGUUUGGCGCAGCAUGGCCACCACAUGGUCUUUGUACUAGAGAAAGUGGGAAGUCUGGCUGUAGUGGGGAUUCGGGUGGUAGUGUGGACUUAGUGAAGAAUGGGAGGUCGUAUGCCGUCGGGGUGACGAGUAAUGUCGCGGCGGGAUGCAAUACGAAUUUUCCGAAUAUAUUUGUUAGAGUGACCAGUUAUUUGGAUUGGAUUGUUGCUACAACGGGGGAGCAAUUCUGCCAGGCGUGAGACGGAUACGUUGAUACGUAUGAAGGUUGAAUGUUAGUUUUGGUGGUGAAAAUCUGUAUUUUCAGAGCUGAGUGUAGUUCGGUUAAUAAAUAUACAUGGCGCAUAAU